AUGAAGCGAAAACAAGAGGAGGAAAUUAAUUCAGUUUCCAUCCAUACUUUGGAACAUUCACCCAGUCGGAAACUUGUAAAAUUAAGUUCUUCAUCAGUAAAUCAUGCUUCGGAAAAGAGAAGGACUAUGGACGAUGAAAACACAUCAUGUACGAAAAUAUUAUUACAUAAUUUCAGUAAUAAUAAUAUUCCAAUAGAUGAAACAAACAAUGAACGAUUGAAAGAGCUACAAAUGAAACUCAAGAUGAAAUUUCAAAAUCAGAUGAAAGGAUUUUCCAAAUGGUUCCUUGCAAAAGAGGCAUUCAAGAAUGAUAUUUCACGUUGUUUACAUCCCUUAAAAUGGAUUCCGAUUGAGUUUCUUGAUUGCCAAGAGGUGGUGCUUUGUAUUUUGGAAAACAUUUCAUCUUUGAUUGAAUUUGAAUAUUAUCCAAAAAACUAUUUUCCAUCAUGGAUUCUCGAAUGUGUUGCAGAAUGCGAAAUGGAGAGUCAAUGGAAACAUUGUAAAGCUGUCAUCAUGAGAGCCAUUGCUUUCAAUGUUGUCAAUGUGUUCAAUUUUGCAACAAAAUCAAUGUUGAUGCAAUUUAAACAUGAUUUGAUUUAUUAUCUGUUGCAAUCAAAAAUAAUGGAUCUGCUGAAACAAAAUGGCUCGGCUUUGUUGUGGGCUCGAGCUUAUCAGAAUAAUUAUGAAAUAGUAUUGACAGCCGUACAAACUGAUUCUGAUGCCUUGAAAUAUGCAUCUGCUUCACUUCAAGAUAAUUUUGACAUUGUUAAAAAAGCAGUAUCCACAUUUGGAUGUUCAUUAGCACAUGCAUCGCCGUCUCUCAAGAAAAAUUUCGAGAUUUGCUUAACAGCAGUCAAACAAGAUGGAUUCGCAUUACUUCAUGUUGACCCCUGUUUCAGAAACAAUAUUGAACUUGUCUUUAAUGCAGUCAAGCAAAAUGGUAGGGCUUUAGAAAUAGUUUCGGCGGAUUUACGAAACAAUUUUGAAAUUGUUUUAACAGCUGUUCGUCAAAAUGGUGCUUCUUUAGCGUUUGCUGCUAGUGAAUUUCAGGACAAUGAAGAGAUUGUUAAAGAAGCAGUAAAAACACAUGGACUGGCAAUCCAUAAUGCCUCUUCUAGAUUGAGAAGCGACAAGAACAUGGCCCUUUCUGCUUUACAACAAAAUGGAAAUCCAUUUGAAUAUAUCGAUGAACAACUGCAGAAUGACCAAGAGAUUUAUGCUCGAGCAGUUCAAAAUAGUGGCAACCUUCAAAGUCAGACCAUUCUUCACAACAUUGACAGAUCAUCCUUGAAUGCUCUGAAACGAGCUAGACUUGAAUACAUGUAUCAUGAUUUUCACAUACCAUAUGGAUAUUUAGUUACAACUCCGGUUCAGCUCUGUAAGCCAGAAAUAACUCUUAAAAGUUACUACAGUGACGAAAUGUGGUGGUCCUAUUUGUGUGACAACGAAAGCCCAAAUUGGAAAUAUAUAUUUGUAGAUGAGGAGUACUCCUCAAGUGACUCUGAUUAG